AUGGUCAGCUUCAAGUGGUCUUCUCUCGCCCUCCUCGCCCUGCGAGUUGCGACCGUCUUCGCCGCGGACGAUACGGACUCCGAGCCUGCUACAUCGGCCCCGACCGAUCACCCGGAGCUCAAGGCCGACAUUGAGACGACCUUCCCCGACGCCGACAUCUUUGGCGUGAAGCUCGUCAAUGGGCGCGUGACCAAGGCUCUAAUCGAGGUGACCAACCAUGAGGAUACGCCAAUUGACGUCGCCUUCAUCGGCGGCGCGCUCAAGACCACGCAGCCCUUGCCCGAGGGCGCUCCCGAGUCGGCCCGCAUCAUCCGCAACCUGACAGCCGUUCGAUAUGGCGUGUCGAUCCCCGCUGGCGAGAAGCACCAGCUGCCCUUCCAAUUCGUUCUCGACAUGAUGCCCCAGGACGUCAUGGUUGAGCUCGUCGGCGUCAUCACCCACACGGCCACCAACCAGAUCUUCCAGGUCCAGAUGCACAGCGGCCCGGCCAGCAUCGUCGAGCCCCCGACCAGCCUGUUCGACCCUCAGAUCAUCUUCCUCUACCUCUUCCUGACCGGCCUGUUCGGCGCGACGCUGUACUUUGUCUACAAGACGUGGAUCGAGGCGCUCUUCCCGCAGGCCCGCCCCGCCAAGGCCGCAGGUGGCAAGAAAGCCCGCAAGUCACAAGGCGAGCCCCUUUCCGGUUCCGAGUCGGCCGGCGCCACCAGCGGCGCCGACGCCAAGGACUACGAUGAGAGCUGGAUCCCUAGCCAUCACAUCCAACGCCCCGUGGCGAAGCGCGUCAAGGGCAGCUCCACCGGCAAGUCUAAAUAA